UCCAAUCGAGAUUCGAUGUGCCUGUAGCGUCGAUGGAUGAGGCACGUGAGUCAAAUAAACUUCUCUUAAAUGGCAUGAUCGUUGCGUUAUAAAUUACGCACGCUAGCUUUUGCAUUGACAAAUCGUGAUUUAUAUUUCAUAAUCGUUCGUUUAUAUUUAAUUUACACGAAAAUUCUAUAAUAUUUAUUGUAAUCAUAAAUAGACGUACGAUUCGUGCUGUUAACCUAGAAAUCUCACAUUAUUAUCGUAUCAUAAAGAUUUUUAUGCGGUUAUUUCAUCGAACAUGUCGAUCUUAAACACUUUACAUCGAGUGGGAGCGCUGCUGCGAGCGAGUUUGUCUUACAAGCCCGACCCGGCACGAUCCAUCGCGUUGUCGUUUACGCGCCUCUCUGAUGGUACGGCAGCUGAAGCUGAGAUAAAAAAUGAGGAUUCAGAGAUAAAUGAGAAUUCAGAGAUAAAUGAGAAUUCACAGGCAAAUGCUCCUAAAAUAGCAAAGGUGCCAUUUAUUCCUGUAGAGACGAGCAUCCAGUACAUGGAAAGUGAUGCUUACAAGCAGACUUAUGGCGACAAUCUGGUAUGGAAGCUGUACAGAAGGAAUCACAAAGGAGCACUUGCGCCUAGGAAAACUCGGAGGACUUGCAUAAGACACGGUGUGAUCUCCACGGGAAAUCCCUGCCCCCUAUGCAGAGACGAGUAUCUUGUACUUAGUUAUAGAAACGUGAAGCUGCUUGAACAGUUUAUCAACAAGUACAACGGGCAGGUUCUGAGUUACUCGACAACGGGUAUCUGUCAAAGAAAGCACAAAAAGCUUUUAGUUGCCCUAACUAGAGCGAAGGAUUACGGGACUAUCACAUUUGAUGUUCCUAGAAGACAGUACGACUAUUCGGAGUGGAAGCCAGCGAAUAAUUAAUUCUUAAUUAGUUUUAUAGAGCGUAUAAUACAC